AUGAGCUACCAUCCAUCCGCGCUUGGGAGACCAACAUCAGGUAAAAGGAGAUUAAAAGAUCUAUUGCUUCAAAGUGACAAUCGUGUUUGCGCUGAUUGUGGUGCUCUGGACCCCAAAUGGGCGUCUGCCAAUAUUGGAGUUUUCAUAUGCUUAAAAUGUUGUGGUGUGCAUCGAAGCCUUGGUACACAUGUAUCAAAGGUUUUGUCCGUGACAUUAGAUGAAUGGUCUGAUGAUGAAGUUGAUGCUAUGGUUGAGGUUGGAGGAAAUGCUUGUGCAAAUUCUAUUUAUGAGGCUUAUUUUCCUGAUGGUGUAUCAAAGCCUAAACCAGAUUCUAGUCAUGAGGAGCGAGCGAAAUUUAUCAGGUCCAAGUAUGAGCUUCAAGAUUUUUUGAAGCCCAGCUUGCGAAUUUUGUCAGCUACCUCAAGAAAAAGCUCUCUCCAAUCUUCUUUAUCCAGGAAGAUUAUGGAUAGUUUUCGAAGUUCUAGUUCGCAGCAAUCGGAAGGCAUGGUGGAAUUUAUUGGUUUAUUGAAGGUCAAAGUAAUAAAAGGCAUGAAUUUAGCUAUCCGUGAUAUGCUGUCUAGUGAUCCUUAUGUUAUCCUGAAUCUUGGACAGCAGAAGGCCCAAACGAAGAUAAUAAAGAGCAACCUGAAUCCAGUCUGGAAUGAAGAACUCAUGCUUUCUGUCCCUCAGGAUUUUGGGCCUUUAAAACUGCAAGUUUUCGACUAUGAUACAUUUAGUGCGGAUGACAUAAUGGGGGAAGCUGAGAUUGAUAUCCAGCCAAUGAUAGCCUCUGCAAUGGCAUUCGGAGAUGCUGGAAUGUUUGGAGACAUGCAAAUCGGAAAAUGGCUAAAAUCACAUGACAAUGCCCUGCUAGAAGAUAGUACCGUAAACAUUGUUGAUGGGAAGGUAAAACAGGCGGUAUCACUUAAACUCCAGAAUGUAGAAUCUGGGGAAAUAUAUCUAGAACUGGAGUGGAUGCCUCUUGAACAGUAG